CGCCUUAAGUAGCCCGGCGGCCGGCGACGCUCCGCGCGGGCCCGGAGGCGCGGGGGCGCAGCAUGCCCGCGGAGACCCCGGGGAAGCCGAGAGCCUCGCCGCCGGCCGGAGUGCCGGCUAAGCCCCGGAGCGCGGCGGAACACCGAAAGUCCUCCAAGCCGGUCAUGGAGAAGCGGCGCCGAGCGCGCAUCAACGAAAGCCUCGCGCAGCUCAAGACCCUCGUCCUGGAUGCCUUCAGGAAGGAUAGCUCCCGCCAUUCGAAGCUGGAGAAAGCGGACAUCCUGGAGAUGACCGUGAGGCACUUGCAGAGCCUGCGACGCGUACAGAUGACAGCCGCGCUCGGCGCUGACCCCGCCGUCCUGGGCAAGUACCGCGCCGGCUUCAACGAGUGUCUGGCGGAGGUGAAUCGCUUCUUGGCCGGCUGCGAGGGCGUCCCGGCUGACGUGCGUUCUCGCCUGCUGGGCCACCUGGCGGCCUGCCUGCGCCAGCUGGGGCCCUCGCGCCGCCCCGUCCCCCCGGCCCAGGUCUACGGCUGCCCGCCGUUCGCGGCCUUCGACGGUCCCUUCUUCCCCCUGCCGCGCCCCGGGUCGGUCUUGGCGCUGCGGCUCCCGCCAGGCCUGACCGGGGCGCCCCUCGCCGCCCCCAGGGCUGGCCUGCAGGGCCGGGGCGCGCCCUGGAGGCCGUGGCUGCGGUGAGGACUGUAGCGGAAGCUGCACCCCGUUCUAGGGCCGCGGCCUUUGCCGGGAGUGGACCAGAGAGUAUUUGUUUCCAGGGCCCACACUGAGAGAGUUUUUAUCUUUUUUUGUCCUUGUGAAGAGUCUAGUCUGACGUCUCUUUCAGCGCUUAGCUGGGGGUGGGGGUGGGGGCGGUCUGCUGGUUACUUUGCGCUGGACUUCCGGGGCGGGACUUCGGGUUGCUCUUCCCCACAGUCUGCACCCUCGGGUGGGCCCUUCCCUCCGUCCCUUCCCGCCCCUCCUCCCGCCCCCCCCCGCCCCCCGCCGGGCCUGGCUGGUGCGCCUGCGAUGGUUCAGAGGCCAGCGACCCUCCUAGAAGUGGAAGUGGCGCGGCGGGGCAGGGGGGGGGUGGUGAGAGGCCCCUCAGGAGGUUCAGGCGGGAAGGUGACAGUCAUCACGUUUCCCAGAAUGUGUCUCAGCGUGGGAAAGCAGUUGUGCAGCGUCAUUAGGCAAGAUGUUUGUUUGUUUGUUUUUGUUUUUUUAAGGUACUUUACCCCACUGCCAUUUCUGUGGACCUUGGAAGGUGGAGACAUAGUCACACACUUGUCUUGGGCAGCUGAGCUGUGGCCAGAGCCGAAAGCUUGCCUUGAAGUUUCAGCACUGGCCUGGUCCACUUCCUACUUUGUUCUCUUGGUUCCUUCAACACAAAGCUCCUUGGACUGAGUCAGCCCCAGGGCAGCGUCUGCCCAGGAGAGGGUGUCUGAGUCUUGGGGACAAGGAACUGGGGCAAGACUGGCAAAGAACACUUAGUGCCAGCGGUGGGAGGGGGAGGGGUACUCCCCCACCAGAGUCCAGUCUUGACGUGUGCCCUGGGAGGGGAGGUCUCUGCUAGUGGGAGAAGACUGGAGGGUGGUCCUGCCCAUGCCUUUUUCCUGAGUACCUACUGUGUCAGCCAUACAGUGCCAGGCAGUGAUACUAGGCAGCAUUGGACAUCAGCCCUGGAGUCACUGUCCUGCGGUCCCAGGUCUUCCUGAGCUGCUGCAGGGGGCUGUGCUCCAGGUGCAACGAGAGGUGUUCUGAGCCACAUAAGCUGAGACUGGAGUGUCUCACCCUGAGCCCAUCUGAGGCUGAGCCAAGAUUCAUUUCCAACUGCAGCCGAGUUCAUCAGAUGGUUGCCUGCCUCCUGCUUGGCCAGGGCUCUUCAGGGAGAAAGAGGGUGGGUCACUGACAGAGGUUAGUCUGCUGCUCCUCCAGUGGCCUCCGUGGCCGUGUCGUAGGCAGGAAUCACCUGGUUCUCCUACACUCAGCCAUGCUCACCUGUCAGGGACUUCCAAGUCCCCACCAAGCCUGUCAUCCCUGCCCUCUGGCUGCUUUGCCCAUCUCCCUGAGAGUCAAGGACCUGGGUCGGUGGUGCUAGAUGGUGGCAGCCACGUGGGCCUUGGAGAUACACACGUUCAGUGAUCCUGGCCGUGGGGGAACCUCAAAGUAGUGCCUCUGUCUCGGAGCUGCAGCUGUGGCAGGGCUGCGGGGAAAGAACAGUUGAUCAAGGCCUGGGAAGCCCUCUUUGGCAAGAGACCUGCCCAGGGUCUAUUGCUGGAGCAGGGAGCUCAGCUUGGUUGGGGGAGAGCAGUUGCUCAGGGAGGGCCUCAGUGCAGAAGAGGGGUGGGGUGGGGAGGUGAAGCCUGGUGGGGGGGAGGGCUGGAGGGUGGGUAGAGUUUGUACAAAGCAGGGGCCCACACACCCUGCAGGAAAGAGAGGGUCCUCCCUACCUGUGUGGCCAAAUGAAAAAGAGCCACCUGGGGAAAUCACCUGGAACUUGGGGCUGUCAUGCUCUCCCUCCUCCCAUAAAAGGGCAGUGAUAACUCUAGACCAGAUCCCUGGUGUCCCAUUUCCUGCCUGCCUUACUCCCUGUCCUUCCCACCCCCACCUGCACCCCCAUGCUACCUUUACUUCCUGUUUCUGGUAAUGUCUUAACGCUGUUGCCAAAGGGAGAUUUGCAGUGAGGACCCUCCAAGGGUCUCUCAGGCUCUGUCGGGGACCACACACAGUUCCUCAGCCACGCAAGCCCCUUCUGAUCUCUGUGUCUUUGAACUCAGCCUCCUGGCUGGAAUUCUCUCCCCACUUUCCCACCGGUCUCCGUGGGCUCCAGAGGCCAGGGCCAUGUCUGUGUCAACCACCUUUGUCCUCACAGCUGCUUGGAAUGGCUCAAUUCAUACUGACUUGAUUAAUUUGGGUGGAGUCAGGAGGUUUGAGAAGAGUGUCUUUUGUCAUUUUUGAGGUAUAGGUGAUGUACAAUGUUACAUUAAUUUCAGGGGUACAACAUAGUGGUUCAACAAUUCCAUACAGUGCUCGCUGUGAUUGGAGUAGCCACCGUCAGGGUACAAAGUUAUUACAGUAUUAUUGAGCAUA